GCACUUGUUGGUCGCGAAACCUCAAGGAUAUUUUGCAAAAAUGAAUAGUCUAGCAUUAUCUUGUUUUGUCUUUCUGAAGUUGAUCUUUGUGGAGUCCACUUUGCUAUAUCAAACCAACUCGGAAUUCGGUAUUUUUAUGGCCAUAUCAGUGCCACUAACUUUGAAGAACCGAAAUGUGUUUCUUUCGUAUAACUAUGAAUUCAACUACUACCAGCCCGAGCACGUCUACAAGUAUCCUCCGAUAUUGAUGGGUGAUAACUGGGAGGACAGUUACUUGACGUAUAACACCACUGGUGGAGAUGAUAGUAGUAGUAGCAGAUCCUUUCGUUCUGUGGAUGAUAAUAGUUCAACCCAAAAACGAACUUUACCGAUCAUGAGUCGAACUAAUUUCUACAUAAUGCUCAAGGAUAAAUUGGAAAGAUCAGGAUACCCUGCGGAGUCCUGUCUCCUCCGCUUGAUUUGCGAAACGAAUUCCUCAACGCUUGGCGAAGUCAAUGGACUCUUGGGCAGCAUAGUGCAUAUCUUGUUCACACCCAGCAGCUCUAAUGACGAGAAUCUCGACAAAGACUACUACCAAGCUGAAUGGGAUGGCCUUCGUCAUGGCGACUGCUCAUUUUAUGCUAGCCAAUGUGAAGAGAAUGUAUUGGAUUUGAUAUCAAGGCCAUUGCACGAUGUUCUUAGGGAAACUCUGGAUAGACGAAAUGGAAGACCAUAA